AUGCGGAGUCAAAGGAAUGAACCGGUGCUGAGUGCAGCCGAUUCCACGAAAGAAUUCCGCUUUAGGGCCACGCGGUGGGAGUCUUUUCUAUCACGCAACUGUUUGGUAUACCGCAACCUCGAGGCGGAGCGCUUGUUGGGGUGGAAUUCCAGUGAGCUCGACAUGUGGUACGCCUCACACCGUAAGGAGGGACCCACUCAGCGCGAUACGAACGGCGCUCACAUCGAAUCAGGGAAAGAAACGGCUCCCCCGGUGGAGAAGCCGCUCUCAACCGCUGGCGUUUCUUCAUUUGCCACCGUAGAUAUCGCCCGUUUAGCGGAUCGCUAUCGAAAGCACUGCCAAAGUGUUUUAGGGGCAGCGGCACCUCAGUUUUUUACUCCCUGCCGCCCCGACGCCCAAGCGUGCGAGAGGCCGCUCACCUUUCUCGAUCUCGGCUGCGCCCCCGGAGGGGUGUCGAGGUUCCUUCUCGAGGACCUCGAAUGGGAAGGGGUCGGGCUCACCCUGCCGCCCACCGCGAGUGGGAUCGACAUCGAUUCAGAGCUGCUCGAAGGGCGCCACGCCGCGCGCUACGCCCUCCUCGCGGGCGACGUCUGCCAGCCGCCGACGACUUGGCGGCGGUGGUUGACGGCAGGGGGGGAGCCUCACGCAGGAGAGGGGUUCGCCACGACGAGGAAGUUCACCUUCGUGAAUGGCGGCGCGGUGCAGGAUCACGGGCAACGCGCCGGGGGGUCCUCAUCAACCCCCGCUCCCAAGGCCGAUCGGGUGGGUUUCCCGGAGUUCGAACCUCCUGGUGUCGCGGGCGACCUCGACGGGGAGGAAGGGGCGUCUAUACACGCGCGAAAGCGGCGUCGGGAGGACGGGAAUUCCGCACAGAAUCCUGUCGUGAAUGAAAAGGUGGUCGAUGCCGCAUCCCACGUGGCGGGGAGCACCUCGACGAGCGUGGCAACGCCACCUCCGGAGGCGAUUCUGCCGUGGCUAACGCUAUUCACGCCUCAGCUUCGUCUUGCGCUGGAUUAUGUGGAGCGAGAUGGGAGUGGUGGGAUCAUGUUGGUUUAUGGGGCGCCGCAGUGCGCGAGCUUCUUCAUUCUUCUUUACGUCCUCGAGCAAAUUCUCUUAAGCCCGGUGGGCCCUUUGCAAACCGGGGCCUCCCGCUUCUUAUUAAGCUCGCCACCAGACAACUUAAAAGUCCUCGAGACGAUCCACCUUAGCAAAUUGCCCGUCUAUGUUCUCUUGACUAAGGUGCGGCUGGACGGGAGGGCGGCGGCGAUUGAGCGACUGAUGGCUGCCCUGGAUCCGUCCUCCUCGACGCUGUAUCCCAUGGAGAAUCUCCUGAUGGACGUCCCUGCGCGCGGCGGGAUGACAAGGAAUGAGUUUGAUCUCAACGAGUCCCUGCCAGAGGAUCGCGCGCUACGCUUAGAGGCGAAGCAGCGCUUUUGGCUCGGCGAAAGUGAUGCAGGGUUCGCAAUCGCCCGUGAGGCCUUCCAGCGGUACGUUCCGCUGGUCAGCGCGAUUUGGCAGAAAAAUAUGCGGUUUCUUCGGAAAAGACGCAUAAAUGCCGAGCGCCAAGCCGCCCAACCUUCGAAUGUCUCUCAAUAA